AUGACGAACAUGAUGGUGACGUUCCAGAAAAUGGUGCCAGCGAUGCAAAAGAUGCAAACGAUGUUUUCGUUCUUCGGAUCCCAAUCCGGGACUUUGAAUACGACCCUCGACUCGAUCCUUCGACGUCGAGCCCCGCACCCGCAUCUGCAUCUGCAAUCGCCCCUUCAGCUUAGGUCAGUCCCGUCGAUUCACGUUCGCCGUCUGCCGUCCCUUGUUCCGUGUCCCAUUGCUGAUCUCUCGGCUCUCGGUUUCGUAGACUGGAUCCGCGGCAAUGUGCCUUAGCCUUACGUCAACGACCGGUCAAAUCCCUUCAAAUCCGGCUCGACUCUUUCCACAUCCUCAAGUCGUCCCUCGUCCGUAUCCCUCGGGAUCGAGCUCAACUCUUUCGCAGUCGUCGAGUCGCGCCUCGACCACCCGUCAUCCAGCUCCCGCCGCGCCGUUGCCCGACCCGGCUCUCAGCCGAUCGACCUCGAGCAACGCAAGAACGUCGCGAUCAUCUCCGGUACAUGCGAAUGAUCGCAAUGGGGGUGGGCUCUUGACACCAGAGGCACCCUCGGCGCGUGGCCGGCUGAGUGGCGCUCAGCUAGGGCUCAAGAAAUCCGCUUCGCACGCCCCCUCCCCUGCCGAAGCGAUGCAAUUGAUGCCCACUAGCAAGGAGGAGAGCAGGAAGGGCAAGGGCGUGCAAAGAUUCGCAAGUGGGGAGCAAGCAGAAGAAGAGGAAGACUGGGGGAAGAGCGCCAGCGUUGAUCGGCCGGGACGACGACGACGACGAAGCGAGCGAGGAUGA